UUUAUCAUACAUCCCACCUCUUGGAGUCUAUUCGGCCAAAAAACUCCUCUCAGAACCCAUUUAUCUUCCAAGGGACCAAGAAUCAAACGUGGGCUCAUCGCUGUAGCACUCUCCCUCAUGUGCCCUUGAUUGCUCGUCUGCCGUCGGCGGUCAGGUACUGUUUUGUAGCAGCGACGUCUUCUAUCAGAUCGAUACCGUACCGCGAUUGGGUACGCUCGAUCCAGAUCGAAAUUCGUUGGGGAUGAGCGAAUUAGGCAACUACGGUUUUUCUUCUUAGAAAAUGAAGACAUGCAUUGAUUUGGUCUCUUGAAACCUGCAUUUUGAUAUCCUUCCAAGCUGCCGCUUAUAUUAAUUGGACAUGAUUAACUGCAAAUUUUGUAAUUGCAUAAUAAUAGGUGCCUGUAUGUGGUGUGCGACGGCACACUUGCAUAUGUGCGACGGCACACUUGCAUAUAGAAUAUAUUUAAUUGCAUAAUAGUCUGUGGCUAGGGCUAUUAGUGGCCAGCCUUCUUAAAGCUUAUAUAUAUAUAUAUAAUAAGUAAUAUGUUUUUUCAUAUUAUAUGGGUUUUGGGUAUUGAUUUAGUGGCUGGGUUAGUGGAUGUGUGUUCCAAUUAAGGUUUAACUUCCUCUUAAUUUAACUUAAUUGCAUAUUUUAACAAAAAAAUUAUAGAUUUUUUGGUUUGAAUGUGCAUCAAUUGCCUUCAACAUUCCAGGUUAGGUCAUAGGGCACCCAAUGCUUGGUGGGUAUGUCUCAUUCAUGCAUUCGUUCACUUCCAGCUCGGAAGAAGAAGUUUGGUUUAGGCCUCCCCCAUAAUCCACUUAAGAGUAACACUAACUUGGUCCCCAACUUGUACACAGAGAGACACAGACACCCAACUAAAUUUGGAUCGUUUACCACUGCCUUUUUAAAUCAGAUUCGCAUACCAUCCUUGGGUUGGGUUCAGUGGAGGUCAAUCUCAAUCUUGCAUCCUUGUAUCCUUCAGGCUACAGGGAAACUUUGCACGCUACCCACUAAUGAACUGUCUGAUUCUGAUUCUUCCAAUGAUGCAAUUGGUCAUUUGGAGGAAUCCCAUGUUGAUUCUGAUGGGGAUGUUACUACCAAGACAAUUAGGAGGGUCUACCAAACACCAGUGGAUUUCACCAAAGUGAACAAGAAUCUGCUUCCAACUGUAGUUCUUAUUGGGCGUCCAAAUGUGGGCAAGUCAGCUUUGUUUAAUCGUUUAAUCCGGAGGCGGGAGGCCCUUGUCUACAAUACACCAAAUGAUCAUGUUACUCGUGACAUAAGAGAAGGCAUUGCAAAAUUGGGUGAUCUACGAUUUAAAGUAUUGGACUCAGCUGGCUUAGAAACGGCAGCAUCUUCAGGGUCUAUUCUUGACAGAACAUCAGGAAUGACCGCAAGUGUUCUUGCAAGAUGUCAGUUUGCUGUUUUCCUAAUAGAUGUGAGAGCUGGACUGCACCCCCUUGAUCUGGAGGUUGGAAGGUGGUUGCGCAAACAUGCACCUGGAAUCAAUCUUGUAGUUGCCAUGAAUAAAUCCGAAUCACUUCUUGAUGGUAGUGGCUCUCUUAUGGCAGCUGCUGCUGAAACUUAUAGGUUAGGAUUUGGUGACCCUAUUGCCAUAUCAGCUGAGACUGGACUAGGUAUGCAAGAUCUCUAUGGGAGUCUAAAGCCUAAGCUUGAGGACUAUAUGCUCCAAGUAUUAAACAAUGAAGAAGGCACUGAAGAGACUAAUUUCAGUGAGGACGGCAGCUCCUGUGAGCUUGAGGAGAGUAAGUUGCAAUUACAGUUAGCAAUUGUAGGAAGACCCAAUGUUGGGAAGUCAACCUUGCUGAAUACAUUGCUACAAGAAGAACGGGUGCUGGUGGGUCCAGAAGCCGGUUUGACAAGAGAUUCAAUUAGAGCUCAGUUUGAAUUUCAAGGGAGAACGAUAUACCUGGUCGACACUGCAGGUUGGUUGCAGAGAACAAAAAUGGAGAAAGGACCAGCAUCCUUGAGCAUUGUGCAGACAAGAAAGAGUCUAAUGAGAGCUCAUGUAAUCGCUCUGGUCCUUGAUGCAGAAGAGAUUGCAAAUUCUAGAAGAAGUUUGAAGCAUGAUGAAGUAGUUAUAGCAAGACAGGCAGUUGAAGAAGGCCGUGGCUUGGUUGUAGUUGUGAACAAGAUGGAUCUAUUAAGAGGGAAGCAAUUAUAUGACAAGGUUAUGGAAGCUGUGCCCCAAGAAAUUCAGACCAUUAUGCCUCAGGUGACUGGGAUACCAAUUGUAUUCAUAUCAGCCUUGGAGGGAAGGGGUCAUGCAGCUGUCAUGCACCAGGUUAUUGAUACAUAUGAAAAAUGGUGUUCAAGAUUGUCAACAGCUCGUCUUAAUCGUUGGUUGCGAAAGGUUAUGAGCAGGCAUUCUUGGAAAGAUCAGGCUGCUCAACCCAAGGUUAAGUAUUUUACACAGGUGAAGGCCCGACCACCCACUUUUGUUGCCUUUGUGAGUGGGAAGAAAGAGCUCUCAGAAACAGACAUCAGGUUCCUAAAAAGGUCUUUGAAAGAAGACUUUGAUUUGGGUGGAAUACCGAUCAGGAUCAUGCCGAGGACCAUCGAAAGGAAAGCUGUGAACGGCACUAGCAAGAGUGGCCAAAUUGCUAAUAGACCGUCUGAAAGGAUGUUCUCUGACAAGAGAAAAGUGUGUCCGGUUGAAUAGCAUUUUUAACUCGACGAGACGGCUAUUGUUGUCCUGCCUCGUUAUGCUGAGACUGUAAUUAUCCAAUAGUUACAAUUUUGACCUUUAUUGCAGGAUGUAAUUUUCUUUAGGAGAAUUAUCUUAGUUGUAGAUUAUAUUUUUUGUAUUUAACGUGAAAUUCUUAGUUGAGUGGUAGCACAGUUGCAGGAGGGAAUGAGGUUAAGUGUGUGUUUAUUUAGGGUUUAGGGAUUUUAUUUUGUGUUUUGACAUAAAAAUGAUAUUUAACACCAUUCCUUUUAUUUUUA